AAGUUGUUCUUCCGGUGGGCAGAGCGGCAGCGAACACACGGCAGACGACGGAAACCCGCGAAAAAACCGCAACAACACACCUGUCAGAAGAUGCUGAGGAGGAAACCGACCCGUCUGGAGCUGAAGAUCGACGACACUGAGGAGUUCGAGAGCGUCAAGAAGGAGCUCGAGGCCAGGAAGCGUCAACGAGAGGAGGCGGAGUCAGGAGGUGGAGUGGGCGGGGCUUCUGUCAUCAGUGUUGACAUCAUCGGGGGCGGGGCUUCAGCCUCUUCCUCCACAGCGACGUCGAGGGCGGAGCUUAUCAACGAGCGAAUCGGCUACAAGCCCCACCCCAAACCAGCCACGCUGCCCACCCUGUUUGGAAGUUUACAGUUUUAAUAAAAGAUCAAUAAAUGUGAUCGAUCAGGUGUGGAAACAAUCAUAAACACAAUAAUAAUCAAUAAAGUUGAUUGAAAGUGGUAAAUGAAAACGAACCUCAGCAGUGGUUCCAACCUGAGGGUCGCUGCCCCGCCGGGGGUCACCAGCUUUUAUUGAUUAUAAUGGAUGAAAGAAAACCAUAUUAUUGAUCAAAACAGAGUCAAUAUCUGUGUUUGAACAUUUCUGUCAAUAAAACUUAAACUGUGUA